AUGGCACGAUCUGUUGUGGUGUUCCUAAUGGCUGCACUCUUGGUAGCCUCCUCGAAUGCACAAUCUCCAUCAUCUUCACCAGCUGCAUCCCCGAAUGCGGCUGCUAAAACACCUAAUGCGGCUGCUACCGCACCUCCACCAUCAACAUCUCCUACGCCUACUGUUUCACCUUCUUCAUCGAAGACAGCUCCUGCGGCUACUCCUUCUCAAGCGAAGACUUCACCAGAGGCUGCUCCAACUGCUUCCAAGACUUCACCACAAGCUGCCCCUACUUCUUCCAAGACUUCACCACAAGUUGCUCCAACAACUUCCCCAAGUUCGUCAGAUGCUACUCCUUCUACUGCACCCGUUGCUAGCUCUCCACCAUCUCCUCCAUCCCCUACCUCUGAAUCUCAGGCAAUUCCUCCCACUACAGACUCUGUACCAACUGAUGGGGCAGGUGGGGCACCUUCCCCAUCCAACAAUGGUAUGGUUUUGAACAAGAUCAAUGUAGCCGGCUUGGUUGCCCUUGGAGUUGUUACAGCUGUCUUGGUUAUGUAA